GAAAAAAUUUAAUUUUCAAAUUUUAUAUAAACUUCGUAACUCCCUUCCAUCUUCCUCUUCAUUACAUUACUCUCAUUUGGGCUGAGCUCUGUAACUAUCCAAAAAAAAGCGAAAACAAGUUCUCAUUCACACCACAAAAAGAACUUCACUUUUUGCUUACACCCAAAUUAGGGUUCAAUCGAAAUCCCCAAUCUAAAAGUUUUUCGUGAUGGAUUUAUCACGAAAAAUCCAAUGCAUUGGUCUUAGAACAAGUGGUUUUUUAACUGGUAAAUCAUUAUUAGAUGCAAGAAAAACCAGUUUUCUUAUCCGGCCUCGUCCAAUUUCAUCAUCCUCAGUAAAAAAUCUUUCUUUACAUAACCCUAAAAAUCAUAAAUAUGGUCCAAUUUCAGCUUCUUCAUCUGUAGUUGAAGCUGAAGUUGAAACAAGAACAACAAGAGAAGAGAUUGAAUCAUUAUUAUCACAGAGUUCUUCUAAUGGAACGAAUGGAAACGAAAGGAACAGAAGGAAUGAUAAAAUGAAAGGAGCAUCAAGUGUUUCAUCAGGAGUUAGGUUAGAAAAUGUAACUAAAGGAUAUAAAGGAGUUACAAUUUUGAAAGAUGUGAACUGGGAAGUGAAAAAGGGUGAGAAAGUAGGUUUAGUUGGUGUUAAUGGUGCUGGUAAAACAACACAGUUAAGGAUUAUAACAGGACAAGAGGAACCUGAUUCUGGUACUGUGAUUAAAGCCAAGCCUAAUAUGAGGAUUUCAUUUUUAAGUCAAGAGUUUGAGGUUUCGUUGAGUAGGACUGUCAAGGAAGAGUUUAUGAGUGCAUUUAAGGAGGAGAUGGAGAUUGCUGGGAGGUUAGAGAAAGUGCAAAAAGCACUUGAGAGUUCGGUUGAAGAUUUGGGGUUGAUGGGCAGGUUAUUGGAUGAAUUGGAUUUGCUUCAGAGACGAGCUCAAGCUAUUGAUUUGAAUGUUGUUGAAGUUAAGAUUAAUAAAAUGAUGCCUGAAUUGGGGUUUGCACCAGAAGAUUCUGAUAGGCUUGUUGCGUCGUUUAGUAGUGGAUGGCAAAUGAGAAUAUCACUUGGCAAAAUUCUACUACAGGACCCUGACUUAUUACUUCUCGACGAGCCUACUAAUCACCUUGAUCUUGACACGAUUGAGUGGCUUGAAGGGUAUCUUAACAAGCAAGAUGUCCCAAUGGUGAUAAUAUCUCACGAUAGAGCUUUUCUCGAUCAACUCUGCACAAAAAUUGUGGAAACAGAUAUGGGUGUAUCCAGGACAUUUGAGGGAAAUUAUUCUCAAUAUAUUCUUGCAAAGGAAGCAUGGAUAGAAGCACAAUAUGCUGCGUGGGAGAAGCAGCAGAAGCAAAUUGACCACACAAAGGAUAUCAUACAUAGGUUGGGUGCAGGAGCUAAUGCGGGUCGUGCGUCAACUGCAGAAAAGAAGCUGGAAAAGCUUCAAGAAGAGGAACAGAUCGAGAAGCCUUUUCAACGCAAACAAAUGAAGAUUAGGUUCCCUGAGCGUGGCAGAAGUGGACAAGAAGUUGUGGCAGUUAAGAGUCUGCAGUUUGGCUUUGAGGAGAAGAUGCUGUUUGAUAGGGCCAAUCUUACCAUUCAGAGGGGGGAGAAGGUCGCAAUUCUUGGCCCCAAUGGAUGUGGAAAAAGUACAUUGCUUAAACUAAUAAUGGGUUUGGAGAAGCCAGAAGGAGGUGUAGUUGAGAUUGGAGAGCAUAAUAUUCUCCCCAAUUAUUUUGAGCAGAACCAGGCUGAAGCACUUGAUCUGGACAAGACAGUGCUCGAGACCGUAGAAGAAGCUGCUGAGGAUUGGAGACUUGACGAUAUAAAGGGACUUCUUGGUCGCUGUAAUUUCAAGUCCGACAUGCUUGAUAGGAAGGUCUCCCUCCUGAGUGGAGGUGAGAAGGCACGACUUGCGUUUUGCAAGUUCAUGGUAAAGCCCUCAACUUUGUUAGUCUUGGAUGAGCCGACCAACCAUCUGGAUAUACCAUCUAAAGAGAUGCUGGAGGAGGCAAUAGCGGAGUACAAGGGUACUGUUAUCACUGUUUCUCAUGAUCGAUACUUCAUAAAGCAAAUUGUGAAUAGAGUAGUGGAGGUCAAAGAUCGCAACUUGCAGGACUAUGCAGGGGACUACAAUUAUUAUUUGGAGAAAAACCUUGAUGCUAGGGAUAAGGCGCUUGAACGAGAAGCGGAGCUUGACGAGAAGGCCCCUAAAGUGAAAGCCAAGUCUAAAAUGUCAAAGGCAGAGAAGGAAGCACAGAAGAAACAAAAAAGGAUGGCAUUUCAGAACGCAAAAGCAAAAUCUAAGGGGUCAAAGAACUCAAAACGUUGGAACUAAAUAAGCCAGAUGAUUUCUUCAUGUGAUUUUUCAUUGAAGGCCUCCUAUCACCCAUUGUAAUUAACACACCCAUUUAUCUUGUAAAAGAAGAUUUAUAGAGGUCUUGGAAGUCUCAUAGGAACAAGACAGCCACAACCAUUUGUAUACACAAACCAUUUCUGAUACAUAUUUGAACUUAUUAAUUUAUGAAAAUAGCGAACUGGUGAUGGAAUGAUCACGACUUGGAAUGCCUGAAGCUCCGUGUAUCUUUCAUGUUCAAGUAGUAGCAUACUAAUUACUGCACUGUAAUAGUUAAAUCUUGUCUAA